UUUACAGUCGUAUAGCAUGCCACAAGGUAAUGCCAUGGAUGAGGAACUGGUAUUCACCGAUAGAAUGUACGAUGGCGUCAAUAACAACGGUAUAUUGAAAUAUGGACUCGGACAGUUAACAGACGGCAAAGUUGCUGAUAAUUACUACGAUCACAUGGACCCAUAUUUUGGGAAAGGUUACCACUGGGUAGGAUGGGAUCGUCAGGCAACACCGCAACUGGAAAUUACAUUCCGCUUUGACUCGGUACGAAACUUCACAUCCAUGAUGUUGCAUUGUAACAAUCAGUUUGAUCAAGGAGUGUCGUUAUUUGCAUCGGUGGUUAUCUGGUUCAGUGUAAAGGGAGGAUAUUAUUCUACUAAUUCGUUGAGAUUCACUCCGCAGCGAGAUGAUACGCAUCCAGACGCGAAACACCUUAAUAUUGAACUAAAUCACAACAUUGGCGAAACUGUCAAGUGUCAGUUUGAGUAUUAUUCUCGCUGGAUUAUGUUCAGUGAAGUCAGUUUUGAGUCAUCCUUCAUGACAGAAAAUUACACUGUACCCAGUAGUACAUCCGUUCCUUAUGAUGUUGACCCGAUGUUUGUACCAGUCAAACCGACCACUCAUCCUAGUACUGGUAGACAGAAUGAAAUCAUUGCACUCUCAUCUACAACUGGAUCUGCCGAGAAACCAGAAAAAAUUGUCAAACCUGCUGCCAAAGCGAAAACUGGACUGAUUGGUGGUCUGGUCUGUCUGGUCAUCAUCAUUGCUAUCCUCAUUGGUGUAAUUCUGAUAUUGCUAUGGCGACAGAAACAAAACAAAUCGUUAAUGAAAGGACCGAGGAUAGUGGAGCAAGUUCACUGUGAUUUGAAUUCAGUGCGUAUUACGAACAAUCAGCUUGGGACACAACACUCGCGUCGCAGUAAUCCUACAUAUGACCAGUUACUGCUACAAGACGACCCUGAGGGUGACGUACCUUGGGUGUCAAAACGAUCGUUACCAGAAAUACCACCAACCUGCGUAGAAAAUUCAGGUUGUUCAUCAAGAAUUUAUGCAGAACCUGACAUCACUAAAUCAACAGGGCACAGCAGUAAAUCCAACUUUCUUCAACAACCGUACGCAGAAACUGACGUCAUCCACAAAUUCAAUAUUCAGGGCGUAUCUGGUAAUAAUAUUUACUCUGUGCCGUCAGCAAGUCUGGAAAAGCUCACUAAUUUGAAUCCUGUCGCACCAGAAAUAAACAUGGAAGACUUGGAAUUCCUGGAAGUUCUUGGAGAUGGGCAGUUUGGACAGGUUCAUUUGUGUGAAAUUGAAAAUCAUGAGUUACUAAAUGGAAAUGGUGCAAACAAACAAACAAAUAUACUGGUUGCUGUCAAGAUGCUGAGAAAGGAUGCAAACAAAAAUGCCAGAUCUGAUUUCAUGACAGAAAUAAAGAUAAUGUCUCAGUUGCAUCAUGAUAACAUAGUAAGACUGCUGGGUAAAUGCACCAAGGAAGAGCCUUGGUGUAUGAUUGUAGAGUACAUGCCAAAUGGGGAUCUGAAUCAGUUCUUGUUUGACAGAGAUCUUGAUACACAAAUCAAUGGUGCAGCAAAAUCUCAACCAAUCAGUUUUGAAGAUCUCAUAUACAUCGUGAAGCAAAUAACUGAUGGUAUGCAAUACUUGUCAUCGUUAAAUUUCGUACAUCGCGACUUAGCGACCAGAAACUGUCUAGUAGGACAACGUUACAGGAUACGUAUUGCAGACUUUGGAAUGAGUAGAAGUCUCUACUCAGCUGACUAUUAUAAAAUUGAAGGCAAAGCAAUUCUACCAAUUAGAUGGAUGGCAUGGGAAUCAAUAUUAUAUGGCAAGUUCAGUACCAAUAGCGAUGUCUGGGCAUAUGGUGUAACACUAUGGGAGAUUUUCACGUUGGCAAAAGAACAGCCUUAUUCAGAUUUAACGGACCAGCAAGUCAUAGAAAACACGGGUGAAUACUACAGAAAUACCGGCGAAGAGGUAAUUCUGGAUAGACCAUCUGCUUGUCCUAAGGAUAUCUAUUGUUAUAUGAAGCAGUGCUGGAGGCGAGACACGGAAACGAGGCCGACAUUUGAUUAUUUGGAUGGAAUAUUCCAACAAAAAAAUGAUGGAUAUGAACCAGAAUUUGAAGAUUAG